AUGGGGCAAAAACACAAAGCUGACAAGAUGUGCGACCGCAAAGCGGUGAUCAAGAAUGCUGAUAUGAGCGAGGAGAUGCAGCAGGAUGCAGUGGACUGCGCAACACAAGCUCUAGAGAAGUUUAAUAUCGAAAAGGACAUCGCAGCAUUCAUAAAGAAAGAGUUCGAUAAGAAGUAUAACCCUACGUGGCACUGCAUCGUGGGGCGCAACUUCGGCUCGUACGUGACGCACGAGACGCGCCACUUCAUCUACUUCUACCUCGGCCAGGUGGCCAUCCUGCUGUUCAAGAGCGGCUAG